UCAAAGAUGGCGGGCGCCUCCGACCCUCUGGAAGAUAUGCUGUUCUCCGAGGUGGACGAGAAAGCAGUUAGCGACCUAGUGGGCUCUUUGGAGUCGCAGCUUGUCGGCCAAAGCAAUCCUGCAGCUCCACAUUCGGAAAACAGGAGUGGUGGAUCAACAACUAAUGCAAAUCACCACUUGGGGAGAACGCUACCUGCCCAAGUGGGCACUUCAUCAGAGCAGCAACAACAAGGACAACAUAAAGCUGAGAUGAAUCGGGAGAACAACUCUAAAGAAAUUAGCUCAGAUAAAACUGUAAUAUCGUCUUCAGUGAGCGCCAUUGCGACCUUCGAGGAACCCUCCACCACUUCAGGGACUGUGGUGAGUGCUAGUACUAGCGGUUUGCAAUCACAUGGAUCAUCUAACAUCACAACACUGUCUGCAUCUGAUGGGGUAACUUUGCCAUCUCCGCUGGGCAGCAUCAACCCUGCUGACAGAGGUUCGGCUCCGACACCAACUGAAGCAUCAACUGAAACCUCCACAAUAAAAAAAUACACUAUUUCAACACGAAGGAGUGCAGCCGCACAGAGUCUGAACGGCAACGGUGGAGCCGUACUGUCAAUGAAGUCGCCAACUACUGCUGCCUCUGGCUCUGUCUCGACGACAGCUAAUAACGCCGAUACCAUGGCUAGCAAUACAAGUGCCGCGAACAACACGACUUUAACGACGUCUCCCUCCAAUAUUUCUACAUCACAGCCCGCUAUCCCACUGGAUCGCGGGACUCCAACUAUUGCUCUGCACAGACUUCCGAGUCAUAUAGUCGCCAGCAUCGCGCAAAAUGGAAAUGGAACGACAGUGUCGGCGUUGGUCCAACAAGGCGCGCGAAUAGGACCGGUCAGUGCUGCAGCAACUCCACAAGUUAACCAUAGCAAAAGCACUGAUUCUGUUUUAGUGAAGUCGGAUUUACCCGUUCAGGCUAAAAACGUAAUUCAGACUCAGCCUGGCACUGUAAAUUCUGUGAUAAGUACGGUCCCAUCUCCCUCUGUCAACACGGUGACCAGCCAACAGCAGACUACAAACGCUGUACCUGCUGCUAGCAGUCCCGUUACUCUCACCGCCGUUGCAAAGCCCGCUGUCAGUGUGGUUGGGCAACAACCGACAACCACAACUGUUGGAAUGAUACGGCCUGCAGCUGUUUCAUCCGCUCCAGCCGUAGCAACUUCUACUCAGCCACAACUUCGCCCAGGACUCGCUGCUCCUCAGAGAAUCGUGGGACCUCAGCUGAUUGUCAGACCGCCUCAGCAACAAACUACCAUCCAGCUACCACCAGGGUUCACCAUCCCUCAAGGCAUGGUUCUGGUGAGGACAGAGAUGGGCCAGCUGGUGAUGGUGCCCCAGCAGGCUCUGGCGCAGGCCCAAGCCCAAGCCCAGGCCCAAGCCCAAGCCCAAGCCCAGAGCAGCAUCUCCCCCCGGCCGGCCGCGCCUACCACAGGGGCCACCUUCAGAGUCACCACGCCCCAGUCUCCUGUGACCACUCAAGCCAUCCGUCCAGGCCCUGCUGUCCAGGCCAAGAAGGCCCCCGGCGGUGGUGGCGGUGACGGCUCCAGCUCCACCGCUGCAGCCUCAGCCUCAGCAGCAGCUCCCCGCGGCAGGACUGCCCCCCCAGGCCACCGGCGCCCAGCCCGCCCCCCCCAGCAUCACGCCGGCCGCGGCCGCCGCCCCCCCCCUGCCCCCGGGGUCUCUGUCGUCUCGCAGGAGAUGCAGGAGAACGUGAAGAAGUGCAAGAACUUCCUGGCCACGCUCAUCAAGCUGGCAUCCCAUAAUUCCCCCUCCCCGGAGACAUCUCGCAACGUUAAGGCACUGGUCCAGGACCUGCUGGAUGCUAAGAUUGAGCCGGAGGAGUUCACCAGCAGGUUACAGACAGAACUCAAGUCGUCGCCCCAGCCCUAUCUGGUCCCGUUCCUCAAGAAAAGUCUCCCGGCGCUGCGGCUCUCAUUGCUCAACAGCCAGCAGUCUCUGACCCAUCCCCCGGGCGUGGUCAAACCCGGCGCCACCGCCAGCCCGGUCCCGCUCACGGCCACGGUGGUGCCAGCUGUCCGCGCGCGCCAGCCCAACACCCCGCUGCCCGCUGGUGCCCACUCAGCUGCGCUGGGUAUCAAACGUGUGGGCGGUCCUGGGGCCCAGGUGCGAAUGCCCAUGGUGAUCACUCAGGCAGUUCGAGCGCCAGGCGUGGCCGGGAAGGGACCAGUCAGCCAGACGGGGAAAAGUCCCCAGGGCUUCACGGCGCAGCUCCCUGGGAACCAGAAAAACAAGCUCAACGACCCCGGAGGCGGAUCUUUCAGGGACGAUGACGACAUCAAUGACGUGGCCUCCAUGGCUGGGGUGAACCUGAAUGAGGAGAGUGCCCGUAUCCUAGCAACGAACUCGGACCUGGUGGGCACGCAGAUUCGCUCGUGUAAGGACGAGGCCUUCCUGCCCACAGGCCUCCUGCACAGACGCAUUUUAGACACGGCAAAGAGGUUUGGGGUGACGGAAGUGCCCCUGGAAGCGGUCAACUUUAUCGCCCACGCCACACAGACACGCCUUCGAACCGUGCUGGAGAAGGUGUCUGCCAUCGCCCAGCACCGCAUGGACACUUGCAAAGAUGAUGAGUGGUAUGAGCAGUCGACAGACGUACGGUCACAGCUGAAGUUUUUCGAGCAGCUUGAGAGGAUUGAGAAGCAGAGGAAGGAUGAGCAGGAGAGAGAGAUUCUCCUCAAAGCAGCCAAAAGUCGCUCGAGGCAAGAGGACCCAGAGCAGGCUCGGCUGAAGCAGAAAGCUAAGGAGAUGCAGCAGCAGGAGCUGGCCCAGAUGCGACAGCGGGACGCCAACCUGACCGCGCUGGCCGCCAUCGGCCCCCGCAAGAAGCGCAAGAUGGACUCGCCGGGGGCGUCAUCGUCAGGGCCCGAGGUGUCGGGAAGUUCUGUGGGAUCGCCGGCUGCCUCGUCAUCGGCCUCCUCCUCGUCUCGGCAAUACGCCCGGCAACGGAUCACCCGCGUCAACCUCAGGGACUUCAUCUACUACAUGGAGCAGGAGCGAGAGAUGGCACGCUCCCUCCUGCUGUAUAGAGCGCUGCUCAAGUAGCACACACACACACACACAUGCACACACACACACUCGUACCUCAUGUAUGAACACAGUUUCAAUCAUACAUGUUCUUUCAUGCAUAUGUAUCUAUAUAUGUAUGUAUGUGUUUAUGUAUGCAUACCCAUGCUCUAUUAUUCACACACACACGCACACACACACACACACACACACAGCACCGGCCCUUCCAGCGCUCUCCAGCUCUCCUGCGACGUGCCUUCAGACCGGGUCUAGUGCUUGAGCUCAGUGUCUCCGCUCUCCGUAAUGUUUAUCGUAGCUUUUUAUUCCUUAGGAAAAAAAAAGACUUUUAAAAAAAAAAAAAAAAAGCUACAAAAAUAAGAGACAAAAAAAAUGUGUUGUACGUGUUAUUGCUGUUUUUGCGACAUGCUGAAAAGAAUUAAUGUGUAUUUAGGACAUUGGUUAUAAGGCCAUGCAAACUCUUGAUUUUAGUCAGGUUUGAGGCUGUGUAAAAGUUGAGUGUGUGUGUGUGUGUGUGUGUGUGUGCGUGUGCGUGUGUGUGUGUGUGUGUGUUUGUGUGUGUGUGUGUAUAUACACAUGCCCGUGUGUGUGUGUACACAUGCGUGCAUGUGUUUGUGUGUGUGUGUUUACUGUAUGUGUGUUUUGGCCUCUGAGCCAACUCUCCUUUUUAAAAGUGUUCUUUCUUGCAUAUUUAAACCGUAGCGCUUCUAGCAAACUAUCUUUUAAUGACCGGCCUUCUCUGAGGGGUGGGCUAACUUUCUGUGUGUUGUUUUUACUGAAGAAUCAGACUUCCAGCAUCAUGCAGUCCACAGCGCUGUUAGAACAGUCAUGUCGAAUUGUACCCACCGAUCCCCCACACAAACCCAAUCACAAUACUGUAACCUUCAAAAAUGCCCUAGGUCAGCUUUGAGGUGUUUAGGAAGACCCCAGGUGUUUGGAAAGUAACGAUGGAACCCACAUAUUAUAUGUUAAGUGCACCUAAAUGUAAAUAGUGUUCUUUUAAAGUAAUUUCCGAUGGCAUGUAAAAUAUAUUUUUGUUUUUGUUUUCCUCCACUAUUUUUAAGAUGCAAAAAUAAUGUCUAAAAUCACCUGUUAAUAUUGAAGAAUCAUGUGAAUCAUUGUAUAAUCAUGUGCAUUUGAAAAUGUCCAAGUGUUGAGACUUUUUUGUUUUGUCAAAUAUAUUUUUAAAGUCUGUAUCAUGAUGCAGAACAAACUUCCUCUGUACCUCAGGCACUGGUCAGUACAUCCAUCAUGACAGAGCUUGUUUAGUGUAGCCAGAAGUAUACUAACAUUAACGUAUACUGUACAUCUGGACACAAUCAUGGUAAAUGUGGACUAAACGUGCUCUUUUCGAAAGACUCCAGCAUUAUUAACAACUUUCAAAAUUUCAGAGAUCUCCAAAGACCUCCUGAAAGCAGGGCAUGAAGGAGGUUGGGAAAUCAGUGGUUGAAAACUACAAGGACAGCCCGUAGGUGUGGCUUUGUUGACAUUCGAUGUCAACAUGCUUCUUAGUGAAGGUUAUCAUUUCAGCAAGUCAUCUCCAGCCUCUGUUCUCGUGACCUGUAGCGCUAAGGUCACCUCUGGUCCUGUGAAGCUACAGCAGCUUGUGUGUUGGCGUCUUGCAACCCACCUAGAACUUCGUCAGUGAGUGUGUGUGGUUGGACAUGUCGGCAACUUGAAGGCAGUUUUCGAAAUCAAGUGAUGCCCAUGUGAAAUGUUGUCUUUUGGGCUAAAUUGCAGAGGACUCUUGAAUCUGAAGUGGACCACCAGCAGCCGGCAUACUCUCACUGACUUUCAAGUGUGCUAACUAGGAAAUGGGACUGGUACCUUUUAGAGUGUGGCGUUUAAAUGUAGGAGAAAAUGCUCCCAUGAUCCCAUCCGGGCGCUAUCAGUCAGCUUCUCUCAUUCUGUAUAUCCACCCUCAUGAAGUAGGUCACCAUUCUCUCCCCUGAGCCCUAGCAGAUAUGUAGACUUUGAGAUGGUUCCAGUGGUUGUAUCGGGAUUGUUUUUGAGCUAAGUCAUGGUGGUAUUAAUGUAAAGUCAGGUGUGCUUGGAUAGAUAAAGGAUUGUCAGGACCGGAAUGGGUCUAGGAGUAGCCCACCUCUCUGGGUUUUCCACCUCUGAUACAUAACCAUCCAACCAUGAAACGUUUGCUGUUAACUUUGCUCAUACUUUCACGAGAAGUGGCAGACUGAAGUCACAGAUAAACAGAAAGAAAGCAAGAACUCAAGAAGAAGUGGCCAUUUUGAUUUUUCUUUAUGCAAGUCAUGUUGUCAGGAGUCAGCAUCAGCAUCCAAACCCACUGGGCUUGUCUACAUUUGAUUGGCUUCACUUUGCUUCGUGUGAUUCGACUGCAGACCAAGUCCUGAUUUACUAGUCAAGGGCAUUAUAAUUGCUUUGUUCGGGCAAGUCCAGAGAGGCAGAAAACAUGUAAUGUGUAGCUAACUACACGGCUACAUUUCCUAAGGGAAACAUAGCUGAUAUACAGCUAAUCUCCCUGACUGAUCUCAAAUCAGUUUCCCACAGUCACCCCAAACCUCUGGUGUGCUGCAGCCAUCACAGCAGAGACAGAAUGUUACAGUGUCUGUAGAAUGUGGAUCACUGACCUUGGCAUCACUAAGCUCUUAGGAAUUUUGUUCCUGAGUGCUUCGGUUUGUGGGGGGGGGGGGGGGGCACGCUUCCUGUUGAUUUCUACCCAGUGUUAAUGUCUAUCUUACAUUUCAUUUCUGGUCGCACCUCUCUGAAACAGAUCCGUCUGAGCUCCCUGUCUCAUGGCCCCUCAUAAGAAAGGUCAAACGGGGGUCAGAGGUCGGAAUACCUUUUUUGGGGGGGGGGGGGUCUCUAGCUCCCAUCUUUGGCUUGGGGUGUCACCCCUGCUGUAAUAUGAUGUCACUAGAGGUCACAGUUCCUGUGGAGAAGCAUCCACAGUGGUCUCCUGACCAACUCUCAUGUGUUUUAAUAGUCUUUGCUUUGUUUUUACGUUGUUUUAGAUCCACUCUUUAAAAAACUGGAGUCUCUGGCUUCUAUGCACCUAGUCUAUUAUGAGUUGUGUUGGUUUCUAAUUUAUAUGUUGAAUAUUUUUUAAAGGUAAUUAAUUAAUUAAAUAUAAUGUGCGUUGAUUUUUUUAAAAUAGCACUCUAAAAUAUUUUUUUCCUACAUUGAGGAAAGACGAAGUUUAAGAGACUGACAGAGUUGGAGAUGCACAAUCUGCUGUCAGCAUUAGACACAGUCAUCUGCAGUAAAAGGGAAAAAUGCUUUUGUAACUUAUUUUAUAUUUUUGGGGUUUUAUUUUUGUGUUUCGUUUUUUUCCCAUCAGCAUGUGUGCUUGCCACAUUUCAGGCAAUGCAGUUUAUCUAAAGAUACCAUAGUAAAGAGCAGAAAAAAUAAUAAUUUAAAACGAAGCACAAAUAGAACUAUUUGUCCAGUUUAAAAUACAGUUUUAAUAAUUAUUUUUAUGGUGUCUGAGGCAGCAGGACAACCUUUCUACUACUUCAGCUUUCUAGCCAAAACAUGAUUAGGAUGGUAUAACUGAUGUACACAGUGAGAAAAAUUCAUGUUUUCCUGUAUGGAUAAUUUGUAAAUAUUGUUUACAAGACCAUGUGUUUAUUAGAACGGCGUUAUUUUUGGUAAACUCUGUACAUAUCCUGAAAAAUUUCCUGUUUGUGUGAAAAAAAACAUACUUCUGUAUUUGUACCUAUUUUGUAAAGGAAUAAAUAAGCUGUUUACUAAA